AUGUCGGCAACCAGCCCAUCACGCAGAUCAUCCAUGGCAUCACCCUCGAGCCGCCUCAAGCGCAAAGCUGCUGGAAACGCAAUCGAAUCAUCAACUGGUGUCCAAAGCGCUGAAUCUGCAUCCACCAGUGCCUUUCAUCUCGACUAUGCACCCUCUUCGGCCGCUCCUUCACCGCUCAAACGACAAAUCACAUCCUCUGCAUCACGGCGCAACAGCCAUCAAUCUCAAGCGCUACACAUGUCUGACGAUUUUGACCCAGAUCAAGACGCACCGUACGACGAAGAGCUUGAUGCCGAUGCCGAUGCCGAUGCCGAGUAUGACCAAGAUUAUCUCGACCAGGAUGCUCCCGGCGAAGAUGAGCAGGACCUGUUAGAUGCCAUGCACCAAAAUCAGAAUCAAUCAGCAGCAGCCUCCCCCAAAUCAAACACCACCAUGACGCCAUCCAGGCAGUCUGCAAGACCAAGGCGAAGCAAUGCACCCGGAGUCUCCUAUUAUGCAACCCAGCCUUUGCUCACCUUCUCUGACGAGGAGCACGAGGAAGAAGUCACACCGUCAAUACGAAGGCGAGCUAGAAGAACCCAGCUGCCUUCCACAUCUGACAUCGAUGCCGACCCUGAUGACAAUGCUAAUGAUGAAUCUGCGACUGUGCCGACUAGGCUCAGCAGCAGAGGUACACGCACCAACACUCCAUCCAAAUACAAGCAAACAUGCGCCAAACCGCCGCGACAGCCCGUCCACCAGGACGACAGAGACAAAUCAGCCGAGCCAGAACUGUCCGAAGAAGCCAAGCAGCUGGCCAAGGCGGAAAAGGAAUCGCAGGAUCUCCAAUCUCGCUGGACCGAAGAGUACUUUGAGAUCGUCGAGCAGCUCCCCUUGGAGAUUCAUCGUACGUUUGCACUCAUGCGCGAGCUCGAAGGUCAGAUGCAGUCGCGAAUGGGCACCAUGAUUCAGAACAUGACUGCUUAUCGCGAUGUCCGCAUGCACAUGCAAAAGCUCAUAGACAGCGAGUUUCAGAAGCAGACACAGAUUCAAAACACCACGCAGGACAACGACACAAGUAGAAAGGGCACAAAGGGUGGCAGCGAGGAUGAAGCCGAGCAUUUGCUAGGUGGGUCGCAACAGGUGAGCACAAAUGAUCAGCUGCCCUCGCUUCAAGGCGAUGCUAGCGGCGUUCGAGUGGUCACACAUGACAAACUGAACGAAACGGAUCUACUCGACAAGGACGCUCGCCGUGAAUUGCUGCGUUCCAUAUCACUUGCAGCCAACGAGUCGGUGAAAGCGGCUGAGGAAAAAAUGGGCCUAGCUGCCACCGCCUAUAACUGGAUCGAUCGUCACAUCCGUCGAGUGGAUGCCGACAUCUCGAAGCUCGAAAGCAGUAUCCUUCUCGGUCUCAGAACGGGCACAGAGGAAUCUAGGGGUGCUAGGGAGGCGCUUGGAUUACCAAUUGACGGUACAGAAGCCCAAGCGCGAGAGCGUGACGAUGAGGAUGAGGAUGAGGAUGCACAAGGUGCUGUCGCAUCCGGUGUUAGUGCCGAAGCCGAGAGUGCAGCGCUGACCAAAGCGGCGGGUGCUGCGAACCGCGCGUUGGCUGCCGAAAAGGAAGUGACAGUGGGAGGAAGGAGAAGUGCGCGCACAACACCCAAGAUGGGCGCGCAAGCACCGCGAACUCCUUCGCCGAGGGGCUCUGAACGUGGUGCGGUACAAGCACGCUCUAGGUCUACGUCCACUUCUGGCGUUGCUGUCGUGGCCGUCACUGCAACGCGUCAGAAGACCAGCUCACCUGCACCCUCAGUCGCACGCACUGCACGCAAACGCAAACCCAAGCCGCUCUCCCCGCAAAAAGGUGGUCGCAGAUCCAUCGUCACCACUACCUCGACCGUCAUCUCGCCCACCACGCAAACCCCGCGUGCCUCCGCGAUCGUUGGUCCCGACACUUCCGAAAUGCCUUUCGACCCCACAGAACCCACGUACUGCUACUGCGACCAGAUCUCGUUCGAUGAAAUGGUCGCGUGCGAUAACGACGAUUGCACCAUCGAGUGGUUUCACUAUGCCUGCGUCGGCUUGGCUAAACAACCAGAAAACGAAUGGUACUGCAGGUUCUGCGCUCCCCCAGCUUGGAAAGGUCCGGGCAUGCGCGUACCCCCCAACGCCAAGCAUAAACCACCAGGCUUCAGAAAAGGCAUCGGCAUCAAGCCGUAG